GCCCUUUCUCUGUCACCAGUUCCAUCCCGCUGCCCCAUGCCAGCUGGGUCUCCAGAGCAGGCGGACAGGAAGGAGAAGUCUCUCUCCGUUUUGUCACCUCUUCUCCGCCUCGUAGGGCGCAUAACUUGUUCUAAAUGAGCUAUCUUAUUCCCAAGCUGCCCAAAACGGCAGCUUCCACGCCAGCCUCCUGCCAGGUCCUCAGGCUCUCCAGCUCCAAUCGGGAUCGCCUGCCUCCAUCAGGUGGCUUUUACAUCGCCCGGAAGAGGCAGGAUGCUCUCUGGCAGGCUGUGUGCUCCCCUCUGGGGAUCCUUCCCCUUCUCCCCUAGGGGGAGACCCUGAAGCAGUAGCCCGCGUUGCCUGCUGGCAGUUCUGUGAUAGUAGGACACUCGAGGUCCAUCAACAUCCCUCCUAUGGGACGCAAGGUCACUCUUCUGCAUUUACCAUCUGUGCAGGCAGUCAGGGCUCCCAAGCUAAUACCAUCCAGUCACUCGCCCCUUCCUUGCCAGAAGGAGAACGAGGUGAAGGCCCAGGAAGAAGCCAGGAAGGUGAUGGCACAGGAGGAGGUGCAAGCGGACCUCCUAGAGACCCCAGGGCAAGAGGACAGGAAAAGGGGCCCUCCUAGCAAUGGAGAAGUGCCAUCAACAGCAAAGCCUCUGGAAACCCUGGGAGGACUCACCUCCUGGGAGUGCAGUCCUGGGCCUUCCCUGCAGGGACAUCUCCAUCCCAACCUCUUCAAGAACAACUGGAGGGAGGAAGGCCAGAUAUCUCCAAUGACCUCCUUCUCUGAAGGUCAUACAGUCACCAGCUCACACAGCCCUGCGAAAGGAAUUCUGCAUCUCGGAUUGCCUGACCCGUAUGCAGCAGUGCUCCCCGACCCAGCCCACAGCUGCUCCCAGAUACUUCUUGCAUCCCUGGGAUAAAUCCCACUUGAUCAUAGUGAAUGAUCAUAUUUAUGUGCUGUUGCAUUCAGUUUACAAGUAUUUUGUUGAAGAUUUUUGCAUCUAUGUUCAUCAGAGUUAUUGUCCUAUAAUUUUCUUUUCUUGUUAGUAUA